AUGGGAGCUUCGGAGUCCAAGCUCGUCUUCAAACGGGGCAUCUUCCGUCUGUCAGAGGAAAAGGAUAUUCCCGCGGAUGAUCCCUACUGGGCCAGAUUCUGGGAGCUCCCAGAGUCCACGGAGGACGUCUUCAGCUUGUUCACCCCCGCCGAUAUACGACGGACUCGCGAUCAUGCCUUAUCCAACUUCGAAACGCUCUUACUCGCGAUCACCUCGCGUCUCACAAUAUUGAAAAAUCAUCCAUCAUUUCCCGACCCCGACCUCGCCCCCGACCGCGAUGCGCUCAACUGUAUCCGCAUCCUGACCCGCCUUCUUCCUUUCAUCUACGAGGCGGAACAUCUGGAGGAAUGGGAGGAGAAAUUCUUCUGGGCUCGUCGCAAGAAGAAAACAAGAGAGUCGCAGGUUGCCGCAGAAGUACUGUUCGAUGAAGCGCAGACGGAGGACCGAGAUGCUGCCCCGCGACCAGAUUAUGAAGACGCGAAACCUUUGGCGGAGGAGUUGAUUGACAAUCUGCUGGAACUCCUGUUCUACACUGGCUUCACAAUCCCACAGCUGCCCACUGCGAAGAGCAAGAUCUCAUACUCGAUCUGGCAGAGUGGGGUGGGCUGCAAUACGUCCAUGGGCUCCACCAAAGAACUAGAGAACAACCGCUGCGAGAUUCUUCGGUUGUUGCUGACCUUGACUGGAAGAGCAAUGUAUAUGCCGUCCAGCCUACUUCCCAUGCAGGGUGUCAAGGCUAUCUCCUAUAUCACAACUUGCUCUGACAAGCAGGUGGUACUGACUCUGCUAUGCUCGCUCCUGAAUACCGCUGUCAAAUACAAUCCAGCUUCAUGGAGGGUUCCAUAUGAUCACGUCGUUUGGAAGGACCCCAAGCAGAUCUUGGUCAUUUACUGUUUGCAGUUUCUUCUAGUACUCCUCCUCUACCCAGUACCCGAAGAUGGUCGCGGAGCUCCGCCGAAAAACUAUUAUCGGCACUACUUUGGGAGAUUGCAUCGGCCGCAAGACUUUCAGUUCCUUACUGACGGCAUGACCCGAAUCUUGAAUCAACCGAUGCAAGCAACCAAUUCCUAUCUUCCAGGUAGUCAAAGAUCAGUCAAGUGGGCACCCGAGAUGCUGGUCCUGUUUUGGGAGGCUCUGCAGUGCAACAAGCGAUUCAGAUCAUUCAUAAUCGACUCCAACCGCUCGCAUGACUUUAUCAUUCUCUGUAUAUUCUAUGCUAUCGUUUACAAAUCCGACGCUUCCAAGCAGGGCGUGGUUAGGAUGUGCAUCUUCAUCAUGCAGACGAUGAGCGUUGAGCCCAAUUUCGGCCAGAGCUUGAACACCAAGUUCGAGGCGCAGGAGACUCUUCCGCAAAGCAUCCGUAUACCUGGAUUCCGGGGAACGUAUGCAGACUUUUUGAUCAUGUCCGUCCAUACUCUGAUCACUGCCAGCAAAGGAAAGCUGAACACCGUUUACCCUGCUCUCUUGGCUAUCAUCAACAACAUUGCCCCGCAUGUCGAACAUCUUUCGCCGAGCUCGUGCUCCAAGUUGCUGCAGCUCUUCUCGUCCAUGUCGGCUCCCAGUUUUCUCCUGGUAAACGAGACGAAUCACGUCCUUCUUGCCUCAGUACUGGAGUCGAUCAAUUCGAUCCUUGAGCAUCAAUUUACCAAAAAUCCCUUCCUGGUGUAUGCGAUUCUGAAGUAUAGAAAGCGCUUCGAGGCAGUGCGAGAGUUCACCCUAGAGAGCGGACAACAAGAGAUAGAACGCCAGAACGAAAGAAGAAAGAGCUCGAGCGGCUCGCACGAAUUCGUCUGUAGCCCUGUUCUUUCGCCCUCCGAUGAGGAUGCCCAGGUCUCUUCUGGCACACGGUCACCAUUGGGUCGCAUCCCCGAAGAGAACAGCCCUUUUGCGAUUGGCGGAGACGAGGAUUCGGACGAUGAAAGAGAGGGGCAGACCACGCCGGCGCAGGAUUCGCCGUCCGUGCAGACGUCUCGUCGACCUUCGAUUUCCUCUGUCGUCGAAGAGAGCGUUCCCCUGCAGCUGCGCGGCAUGUCUGAAAAGGCACGGGGCAAGAUGCCGGCCGGACAACCCUCCUUCUCUAGACAAAACAGCAUGACUAGUCAGAGCAGCCUUUCGGCAGCAUUUCUAACAUCUGCUAGCGGUUUCACGCCGACUACAGCAUGGCUUGAAUCCUGGUUAGCGGAGCUACCACUCCACACCAUUCUUACGAUCAUCUCGGCCAUCGCCCCCCAUGUUCCCGAGUCAGCCUUCCGAUCCGCUUCCAGUCCUGAAGCUCGCACGUUGAUUACCAACCUCCCCACCUUUUUGGAAGACCCAGCGAUCCAGACCAUUGUCUCGGAGCCCUCGCCGGUCCGUGUGCAUUCGUUUGAAUGGUCCGCUCUUUCGAUGGGCUGGUACGAGUCCCUGCUCUGGGGAUUCAUCUUCUCGAGCGAAAUGGUGGUUGGUUCUGCCUCGGGCGCGACACCGGGCACAGUUGGUGUUUGGAACGGAACUGGCAUCAAACUGUUCAAGGUCCAGGAGGCAGCUGCGCAAGGUCCCACAUUGCUUGCGCCCAAGGGGGCCGUCGAUGCUGUGGGCAGCAACCUGGUGCAACGCAUUGGUAACUUGAGCUUCCGGCGGAGCAGCACACAGGAGUCUCAGCCCAACUCGCGACCUCCAUCGAUUCGAGAGGUCUGA